AAUUGCAAAGAAAAAAAAAAACAAAAAAAAAAAAUAUAUAAAAUAGUUUUAAAUUAGAAAUUUAAUGAAAUAAAUUCUACAACCAAAUAAAUAAACCAAUAAAUCUAAAUAUGAGUUGCCAAUUAUCAUUCUAUAAGGUUUUAUUAAGCAUCCUAAACUCAGUGCUAUCGUUACUGGGUAUUGGUUUAAUAGCACUGUCCGUUUACGAAUUAAACUCUUCAACACCAGGUACUUUUGAACACGUUGCCAUCGUGGUACAAAUAUUUAUUGGUUCAUUCGUUAUACUUACCUCAUUUAUGGGCUGUAUUGGAGCUUGUCGUCACUCGUCUAGUCUCAUAUGGAGUUAUGCCAUGUGUAUGGUGUUUUUGUUGGCAUUCCAAAUUUAUAUUAUUGUCGCUGCCCAUUCCACCGAUUAUGUUGAGAAUGCCCGAAACAACUUUAAUAAUUUAUGGAGUAAUUACACUUUAAAUGUAGAACAAAUUAUUGAAACGGAAAAGAAGUAUCAUUGUUGUGGAAAAAAUGGCUCUCAGGACUACAUUUUAAUGGGUCGAUCGAUACCCAAGAAUUGUUAUGAAAAUGAGGAGAGGACACCAAGUAAUUUAUUUACUGAAAACUGUUUGGAAAUCAUCGAGGAAACAGCCUUUAAAAGUGGCCGCAUUGGUUUGGCGAUUAAAUGGAUUUUAUUCUUUUUGGAAUUAUGUGCCUUAGGUCUCUCAUCCUUAAUGGGAAUUAAUCUUCGCAACACACAUAGAAGGGAACAAUUUCGAAAUUAAUUCAACUUAUUGUUUUUAUUUAUUUAUUUUAGAUCAACAGAGAUUUGUUAAAUUUAUUGUUAAUUUAUAUACAAAAUGUUCUAUAUUUAUAUAAGAAGUAUUUAUGUACAAUAUUGAUUAUUUACAUUUACAUUGUAAGUAUAUUUGUGUAUUUAUUUAUAUACUCGUAUUUAUGCCUUAAUACAUACAUUGCGUAUGUAAAUAUAUGAAAUAUGUAUUGAAAAAUGU